AUGAAUACGGUAAUAAGCAGUCAAAAUGAACACACGAAAUCAUCAUCAUCAUCAUCCGAAUCAUCAUCAUCAUCAUCAUCAUCAUCAUCAUCAUCAUCAUCAUCAUCAUCAUCAUCAUCAUCAUCAUCAUCAUCAUCAUCAUCAUCAUCAUCAUCAUCAUCAUCAUCAUCAUCCCAAUCAUCAUCAUCAUCAUCAUCAUCAUCAUCAUCAUCAUCAUCAUCAUCAUCAUCAUCAUCAUCAUCAUCAUCAUCAUCAUCAUCAUCAUCAUCAUCAUCAUCAUCAUCAUCAUCAUCAUCAUCAUCAUCAUCAUCAUCAUCAUCAUCAUCAUCAUCAUCAUCAUCAUCAUCAUCAGAUUUUCCAUGGUGGUCUAGGUUCUGUUGA